AUGCACAACAUCCUCAGUUCCAAGGAGUUUACAACUCAAAAUGUGAUAACUUUUUAUUUCCGAAGGGUCCGCCGGAUAGUCCCAACUUACAUCUCAGUACUAAUACUCACCGUAUUUGCCUCCAUCUACUUCUUUGUCCCAAGCGAGUACCCGACGAUUCUUCGAGAGCUCUCUUCCGCCGCUUCCUUUACUUCCAACAUAUUCAACUUGCCGGCUCAAGGGUAUUUUGCGAUAAAGAAUGCGUUCCCCUUGUUCUUGCACACGUGGUCGUUGUCAGUGGAGUUGCAAUUUUAUCUUAUUGUGCCUGGCAUCUAUUACUUGUAUCAUCAUCUGCAAGAGGUCAAUAAAAUUGCAGGAAUUGGAUUUGUAAUGGCAAUUGGAUUGGUCUCGCUUGGAUAUCAAGUUUAUAAUCGAGAGGGUGAGUAAUAACUUGACUGAUAAUUUAUUAUCUAAAUUGUCAGACGUCAACCUUGCCCAUAUGGGUCUCUUCUCUCGAGUCUGGCAAUUUCUCAUUGGCUUUUUGGUGAAUGCUCUACAACCGAAGCAAGCUGAAGGUUUGUAUCAAAAACUACCUCUACACGAAGAAGAAUCUCUUCCUGUUUCAACUUUCAAUUACAAAUUUGUCAUCAAAUAUAUACUUGUCAUCGCUCUGUUGGCCCAAUUAUAUUAUCCAAUCAGCUCCAUUGCCUAUUUCAAUCGGUUUCUUUGCACUUUAACAUCCGCUUUGUUCAUCAUGAUCAAGGAGAAGACUUUUCUCGAGAGCAGCGUUGUGGUUUAUGUUGGUGAUGUCUCGUAUUCGAUAUAUCUUCUGCAUUGGCCUGGAAUUAUCAUUGCCAAAUAUGUGGCCGAUUGGGAAGUGGAUGGGCCCGGGAUACCAGGUAGAUUAGGGAUCCUCUAAAGUCCUUUUACAGCUGUCUUUUCCUUCUAGAGGGGACUAUCCUCAUACAGGGCGUCUUUGUUACGAGCAUUCUCGUCGAAAAGGCGUUUAAGGAUCUUUCUGCAUGUAUCACAAACUGGCCACGGCUCUUAUUUGUCCUAUUUGUCCUGUACAUUGCCCUCGGAUCGUCGGCUCUGUUCAUGGAAAGUUUGGAGCCGCAAAUGUCGUUAGAUUUGCUAAGCUCACAACUGCAGUUUAAUGAGACCAACAACACAACUGCUCCUCAAUUUCCGCUAGCGGAGUUGGCAAAAAUCCCGAUGGCAAAACCCUUUUUGCCCGAAAUGGCAGAGAGAAACCGAAAUUUGAUUGAAAAAACGAUUACAAUGUAUGAACAUCGAAAUAAUCUUACCCUGACAAACGACGAGGCCAUCGCGAUGGUUGCGGAUUCAGAGAUCCAUCGAGACGAGGGACAACGCCAAUGCAGAGCGGAGUUGAUCAUGAAGCUAGGAAAUACAAGCUUUUCCAAUCAAUUCAUCGCGUGCCAAGUGGAGGUAGGCAAUUUGGGGCGAGUAAAUGUUUAGUUGGGUUGGUAAUUUAACGGAUUUUUUCGAGACGCCAACCAAAAAAUUUUGUUAUACUUGAGAGGUUUUUUUAUACGGUGGUUGAUUUUGAUCUGAGGAUGACUUUUUUGACGGAGAAAAUGAACAGUUUCGAUACUAGUCGCGACAUAAAGUCCUGACACAUUUGCAAUGUGCGUUUUGUUUUCCUUUCGCACUCGUCGCGGCAAUUCCCCGUUUUUGCACUAGCGACAUGCACUUUCGCGCGAGUUCACCACUUUUCUCGCGCGACACCCGCCGAUAGACCCUUCGCUAUCGGUUUUUUACAUUUCGUCUUGAUUCCCAGAGAAAGAGAGAAAAAAGACACGCAAAAGCGUACUCUCUCGCCCCAAAAAUUCCCCAUUUCUUCCCCGACAAAACGUUUUUUCGCGUCUUUUUUUCGCAAAUUGCCAAUCCAUUCACCGGUCUGUUUUAGCUUAUCUCAGUUUGACGUGCAUCGUUCUUCGCUUUGAAAAACAAAAAGAGAGCGCGGGCGGCCGUGCCUCCGUAGCCUGGUGGUUCGGGCGUCGUAUAGAGCGUCCGGUACCCUUCGGGGUUCAAGUCCGCCUAGAGUCGGAUGAGAGGGCCGCGUUCACUCACAUUAUGCGCGCAAUACCCUAUUGCCAAGGCAACGAAAGGUGCAAAUGCGCAUGAAAAACGCCUAGCGUUCUGUAGAACAGCUGCUGCAGUUUUGGGAUUUUUGGUCACGAUUUUAUAGGGUUUACAAAGUUUCGUUGAGAGGAAAACAAUGUCCGGAAAUUUGCAUAAUAAAAUUUGAGAGUAGCCUUCAGGUCCCGUCAUUUUUCAGGGAACUGGCGACAAGGAAAUCCUGAUAAUCGGCAACUCGCUUGCCCUCGAUCUGUUCGUUGGAAUGCGGACAAGAUGGAGGCAUCUCUACAAACGCCUCUCGAUCUAUGCUGACUUAUGUGUGAUCCCGAUCUACACGCCGGACGGCGCGACAAAACCUGAGGGAGAUUUCCUUUCGUUUGUUGAGAAAUGGGAUCGACCUAUCGAUACGUUGAUUGUGCGGCAUUCGUAAGUCAGAAAUCCGUCAACGGCUGUCAUUGCCAAAUCAUUGCAGGUAUUACCAGUUCUCUCAAAUCCAUCCCGAUUGUAAGAAUGUUCCGAUGAAUGUAAGACUCUAAAAAUGUAGAACCUUGAAAUUUGCCGUUUGUUCUAUUUAAUUUUUCGAUCAUCGUAUCUUCAGGACGACUACGUUGCAAAGCAUCUGUUGAAGCAGGCUCAAGAGUUCUACAACCAAGCCAGCAGGCUGGCGAAACUGGUUGUGAUGGGCUUUGCGGAAUACGAAAGUGGCUUUAAACCGCAGAAGCUGGCCAAGGCGUUGGUUGAGGGUAAAAUCAGCAGUCUGAACUUUAAUUUUACGGUAAGUGAUUUUAGUCAUCAUCCGGCAAUAUCCCUUCCGUUGCUCUCGAUGCAACAUAAAGUGGUGUAUCCAGUGGCGAAAAACGUAUCAUUUUGCAUUCGAGAAGUAUCAAAAAAUGUGGCAAAAUGCCUCCUAUUUUCCCCGACAGACUGAUACUACCGGCUCUUGAAAGGUUUUUUUCAGAGAAGUCAGCAACACGCCGCCAAGGUCAAUGACGUGAUUGCAGCUGUGAAUUGCACAAACUGCAUGAAAGUCGACUUCAUGGCCGACUUUUGCAGCCACGUAACGGACACCUGUUACGCGGUUACUGAACAUCGAAUCCCAAUGUUCGUGGACAAUGUCCAUCUCACCGUCUUUGGGGACUUUGUCAUCGCCGAUCUCUUACUGGAUGCUGUGAAAAAACACAGACAAUUGUUUAAAUAG